GGAGGAGGAGGGGAAUAAGAAGGAGGACAAGGAGGAAGAGAAGGAGGACAAGGAGGAAGAGAAGGAAAAAGAAGAGGAGGUAAAGGAGGAGGAGCAAGAGGAGGAAGAGCCAAAGGAGGGAGAGGAAGGAAAGGAUGGGGAGAAUGAGGUACAGGAGCAGGAUGAGGAGGAGAAGCAGGGACAGGAGGAUGAGGAACUCACGGACACCAAGAAGGUGGAGCAUCCUGUGGAACUGAAGGGGUUUGGAGAGACCCAGGAGGCUUCCAGAGAGGUGCAGCUGUGUCUCUCUGAGGAAGGGGAGCCCUCCAGGCAGGUGGACAACGAAGACUGUAAAUCUUCUCAAACUCUGCAGAACGAAGAGCCCCGAAUGAGGGUCUUUCAUGUCCAGGUGGAGAUAGAUGACCCUCUGGAUGAAAUUGCGCUGACAGUGAAUUUGAACUUAAGAUCCAAGAGGGAAGCUGAAGACCAAGGGACAUCAUCAGAAAGGCAACAGGAAGCUGAGUCCAGACAACUGAUCUUUAUGACCGUCAAGGUCAAGUGUACUGGGAGGAAAGUAGAGCUGAUUCUGAAAGUGACCAUCGUUUCUGAUAGGGUUGAGAGUGUACAGCAUAUUGUCAUGGAAGAAGCAAGAAAGGAGGAGGAAACAACAUGGCGUUGGGACCUGAGCGUCCAUCAGCCAGGAAAUCAGAGCAGCCCUCCUCCAGAUAUGGCACUGAACCCACUCAUGUCACCAAGAGUGGCGAGUCUCAGGGCAGACGUGGCCAAGGCUGUAGCCAGAAUGGAAGCCGAUGCAGAGGCAGGUGGCAACAGCUCAGGGCAUCCCACUCGGCAUUAUUUUAUAAAAGGACAAAGUGCUCAGGAAUGGAUGGACAUGCAAGAGGUUGACAGUGAGCUGGUUGACAGUGCAGAUCACCUGAUCAUAGAAGAAACAGAAGAUGAUGAGGAGGAGGAGGAGGGACCAAGAUGGCCCUGA